GCCGGCGGGCGGAGUGGGCCUGGGCUCGAGAAGUUUGCGCGGCGGCUGGUGAGCGCCGGGUGCGGGCCCCGCCGGCCGUGCGCGCCCGCUGCCAUGGCUUUCCGCCGGAGGACGAAAAGUUACCCGCUCUUCAGCCAGGAGUUCGUCAUCCACAACCAUGCGGACAUCGGCUUCUGCCUGGUGCUCUGCGUCCUCAUCGGGCUUAUGUUCGAGGUCACCGCCAAGACUGCCUUCCUAUUUAUUUUACCUCAGUAUAAUGUUAGCGUGCCUACAGCAGAUGGCGAGACGGUGCACUACCACUACGGGCCGAAGGACCUGGUCACGGUCUUGUUCUACAUCUUCAUCACCAUCAUCCUGCACGCUGUGGUGCAGGAGUACAUUUUAGAUAAAAUCAGCAAACGGCUUCAUCUCUCCAAGGUCAAGCACAGCAAGUUCAAUGAAUCUGGACAGCUGGUCGUCUUUCACCUCAGCUCGGUGAUCUGGUGCUUCUACGUGGUGGUGACGGAAGGAUAUUUAACAAACCCAAGGAGCCUCUGGGAAGACUAUCCGCAUGUGUACCUCCCCUUCCAGGUGAAGUUCUUCUACCUGUGCCAGCUGGCCUACUGGCUGCACGCGCUUCCUGAGCUCUACUUCCAGAAGGUACGGAAGGAGGAGAUUCCCCGGCAGCUCCAGUACAUCUGCCUGUACCUGGUCCAUGUCGCGGGCGCGUACCUCUUGAACCUGAGCCGCCUGGGCCUGGUCCUGCUCCUGCUGCAGUACUCGACCGAGUUCCUCUUCCACACGGCUCGGCUCUGCUACUUUGCAGACGAGAACAACGAGAAGCUGUUUAACGCCUGGGCUGCUGCAUUUGGAGUCACCCGCCUCUUCAUCCUCACCCUCGCUGUGCUGGCCAUUGGCUUUGGCCUUGCUCGCGUGGAAAACCAGGCCUUUGACCCCGAGAAAGGGAACUUCAACACGUUACUUUGCAGGCUGUGUGUGCUGCUCCUGGUGUGCGCCGCCCAGGCCUGGCUCAUGUGGCGCUUCAUCCACUCCCAGCUGCGGCACUGGCGCGAGCACUGGAGCGAGCAGAGCGCCAAGCGCAGAGUGCCCGCCACGCCCAGGCUGGCAGCCAGGCUCGUCAAGAGGGAGUCGGGUCCUGGGGCGCUCGCCGCCAGCCCCGCGCUCUCUGUCCAGCCUGGGGGCCGUCUGCACCAGGCUCUGUUUCCUGAGUCGCCGGCCUCUCUCCAGGUUACCACGAAAACGGAGUGGUGAAAGCAGAGAACGGAACCUCCACACGGACUAAGAAACUCAAGUCUCCUUAGGGCCGAAGUGCUGAGAACAGGAAUCCUCUUGCGGGCCCAGCAGGGAGGCCCCCUCCUGCUCCAGAUGCCCCAUCUCACACAGCAGAAACCUGUCUUCACGCAGGGCCUUUUCCUCUUCCUUACGUCUUGGCUUUCUCUUCUUUCUCUGUGAACCAUUCUCAAUAAAACCAAAAAUCUUCCUCUUUCCCUCCCUCCAGCCACCUCACGUCCUCACCUCUGUCCUGUGUCUGUCGGGUUUUCUAGAAGCCCAGGCUCUCACGGUUCCCUUUCUGCUGGCCUCCUCUUUCUCUUCCUUCACAGCUGUUCUCUUCUCUUUUUACUUGUUAAUUUACCUUACUGUGCAAUUUUUCUGUGUCUGAUUUUUACAACGAGAGGAGGCGAAGCCUGUAGUGCUGGCCGUCCCCCACCCAGUGCCCAGGACCUGUCCGCGUCGGCAGCCUCGUGCCAGGGAGCCUCCACCAGGGCCGGCGGCAGACCCCCGUGCGGAUGGGCAGCAGAAGGGGAGACUGGCCCUCCUGGAUCGUCAUCUCCUAGGUGCCGAUGAAAUGAUGAGAGUAAUGAUUCCAGUUCUGCGCGUACCAUCUUGAGGCCCCGCGGGGCCACUGCUAGUUGGAAGUGCCAAGGCAUUUGGCUUUGGGACAUGAUGACUCGGUCCAGAAGGAUGGUGUUGACUGUCUCGGGUCCCAUGACUCGGGAGAGCUCACCAGUGGCCGGUCCUGGACACCAGCCUGCUCUGUCGGGGACGCGCUGAAGGAGGACGCGUCUUCCCACUCUGCAGCAACGGCAAAGCGACCAGAGCGGCGGGCUCUUCUGGAAAGGUAAUGCGGCAGAAAUGAUGGAGGCGCCAACCUAGCCUUUCUUUGGCAGGUCCAGCUGCAUUGCUCUUCCCACCGUUCACCAGCAUCCAAAACCAAACCAAGCAGCAGUUAACAAACCAGCCCGGCCGGGGACAUGCUGGUUCUAAACCCCAGGCCCAGCAGCCCAGUUGGGCGCCGGCCUUGCACCUGACUUCAUCUCUCUCGCUGCAGGAACACUAAGCCCCCCGUGGCCCCUGGUGCCCCAGGGAGGGUCACCUGGGCCCCUCGCCCUCUGGCCUCACUUGUUGAGUGUCCUUUGGAAUUGUCGUUGUCGUCUGCUGCUGUUUGCUGAGCACAGCCACAGCGUUUUAGAUGGUUUGAAACCAGGCUGACUCAGAAUCGCUCUGCUGGUUAGAUGGGCAGACACAGCCGUGCUGAUGUGCAUCUUUUGGCCCCCUUCCCGCACAUGUUCUCCCCCUCUCCCCAAAGACAAGGCCUCCAGGCCCUCAUGGUGCCUUGUGAGGACUCCAGCAAGGAGCUAGGCUCUCAGCAAGGAGGCCUGAAUGCUGUGGGCAGCUGUUCCUGUGGGCACAAGAAUGUUAGUGUCAUGUGAUGUGCUGGUCCUCUUCCUGACAUCACAGUAGAAACCAAACUGGAUUAUUACCUAGAAGGCGGGGAAGUGGGUCUUUUCAUCAAGGCAGCUCCCUUCUCCAGAUCACUUGCAUCAGAGAGAAGUUUUUAUCUACCAGUGCCUGGGGAUUUGCUUCCUGACACCCUGGUAGACCCUCAUCUCUCCGUUCAGGAUAAGGCCGGAGAGAAGGGAAGAAAUUCUCUUAUUUUGAUUACCCUUAGGAGAGGGACAGCACUUUUGAAAAUGCGAAUUCCUCCCGUCUUUCCUUCUCCUUCCCUGACACCUAUCUGGGCUGCAAAGCAGAAUGUUGGUGAAAGGGCGGCUUGUACCAACCCCGCAGGCCCAGUCUGGAACCCCUCAGCCAUUCAGUCAAAUGGUCCUCCCUGCCCGCUCGUGGCUGUGGCUGAGCCUGAGCCAGUGUGCCUACUUGGCCUAGGGACGCUGUGCAGCCCACGUCAGCCUGCAGCCUCCUAAGCCUGGCCCAGUCCUCUCCAGGCUGUGUCCCUGGCCUUGGCACUGCUCCUGCUCCGUGCAGGAGGCCGCCCCCCACCAGGGAGCCCUGCUGAGUCAUGCCUUCAGCGGGCACCUGGCCUCCUUGCCGUGGGCUCGGGAGGUGGGAGCUGCAGCCGAGGUCCUGCCACCGAGCAGCGACUCUUCUCACAUUCAGAGGUGAUCGCCGCCAGAGGACGCGUGCUUGGUGUGCCCUUGGUCUCCUGUAAGUUGGCCCCUCGGUACCGUGUGCCUCCUCAAGGCAGUACCACCAGCCCGGGGCCGGGCCAACUCUCGCCGCGUCCUAAAGGACGGGGUUGGGUCCCUGUUUGAGAGUUGGGAAAAUCUUUCCUGCUAUGGGAAACCCUUGAGACCAUGAGUGAGGCUAGCAUCCCACCGGCCGGUUUCAGGAAUGGUUUGAGGGGAGGGUGAGAGGAAAACUGUAGGUGCUCUGUCACCCCGGGCGUGCCUGGCAUGUUUGCUUCAGAGCAGAGCCAAGCCUUUGGCAGGCUGGCUCAAAGCAUGUUGCCAGGGGCCGAAAGAACUCACUUCCAGUUCGUCCUGAGAACUUGUUGGGUCCUGAGAACUUCUUGGGUUGGCUUGUCCUGAUUUGGCCGUUCUGGCUGUGUUCUUCAGUCUUAAGCACUCUCUGUGAAGGCCCGGCCAGACACCCCCAAGUUUGAGAGGCCGCUCAGCGCCAUCCGCCAGGAGGAGAGCAGAUGCUCACCUACCUCAGCAGCCCCCGCCCUCCCCGCAUCCCUGGCUGGCACGCGUGCGGGGGCGCCGGGCGGGGUGGCGUGGGAGAGGAGGCCGUGGGACGGACGGGUGAUCCCGGCUGCCAGAGCCCCUCCUUGGAGGCUCCGUGAUGGGAAGCUGUUUUUACCCUCCAGGCUCUGAUAGCUACACUAUAGUAGGUUACAGGUGUCCCUUCUGAAGGCAGGGCAGGUUCUGGGGGAAGGAGGAGCAGGCCGAGCCAGACCUGCAUCGCUGCCGAGAACCUUUUCCGUGCCUGUCCCACGGUGGAGCUACCAACGUUUCAGAAAGCAGACGAGACACCUGUGCUCUGGCCACCUCUGCAGAUGCUCCUCUUGACUGGAAACCCUUGGAGCCGGGCUGGCUGUUCUGGGAUGCAUGCAGCUGGGUUUGCUUUGGGGACCUUCUUUCUCCGUACCUUUGACUUGCUCCUAAGUGCUGAAUAGGAGGUAGGGGCGGAGAGUGCGCCCCCUCCUGCCUCCACACAGAGAAUUCUAGUCCCUGGGAGCCUUUUUAAAUUCAAAGUGGCGCGAUGCCCCCCCACCACUUUGGGUUUCCUUCCGGGCUUCAGCCUCCCUGGUGGUCUGUCCUAGGCCUGGGGGCCAAGAAGGCAGGGAGAUCUGCGCGGGACUCACUCCCCUGCUGGGGCGGCAGCGUCCCGGUGAACAGACCCGUUCCUGAGGGCCGGGGCCUCUGCUCCUGUGGAGAGCGGCCUUCCUCCCCCUCCCCGCUGCCAUCCUAGCUCCUCAGGCGGGACCGGGUGGGACUGGAGCACUGGGUCUUGACAGGUCACUUGGAACGUGGGUCGAGUCUCCGGCCCGGUGCUUCACCAGCUCCUCACUGGAUCCCAGUUCUUGCGUGAACGGUGACGCCCCUCAGAAGGCUGAGGAUGACCACCAGUCCCCCCCCCCGCCCCCAACGGCUCGCUCUCUUUACGGAGGGCCCCGAAAAGCACGGGGAUUCUGGCUCUGCGCGGCCCCUUUUUGCCCUGAGCGGAUCCUGUAUCUUUGUGUCGGAAGUGCCUUACGUGCCGUGGUCUCCUGGCCUCCACUCGCACUGUGUGGCCAGCCCCCGGGCCCCGGCACAGUUACAUGUUAAAGGGACACGGAUCGUGACAGUCUCACCUCAUUCGUCUUGGCCUCGCCGCCACCCCCGCCGUUGUCAGGGUCUGGGGGUGUCCGGUUUCUCCCUUGUGUCCGGUGGCUGUGAGGCCCCUUCACGGGCCCCUGCCUGUCAGGGAAGCUCGGGGCUCCCAGGGGCACCAGGCCUCCGCGCCUCGGCCCACGUGGUGAGCCUUGCUCAUCCAGCUCCCCUCACACGUAAAGGAAGAGGUACCCUGGCUCUAGCCUCUCCUCAUCCCUACUGCGUCCCGUUCGACCCCGCGUUCCUGCGGUAAGGUGUUUACUCUCACUUCCCGGCCACAAGCGUCGCUCACAGGUGCCCGUCUGACGUGGGUCUGGGGGGGCUGUUGCAGCGCACCCCUCCUCCCCCCGCGCGGUGUUACCCUGUUGAGCAGCAGCCCCCCCUCGCCCGCCUCGUCCUCGCUCUUCCGGGUUGUGCAAUACCUCUCCUAGCCAGUGGUCUUUCCCGCAGGCCGUCUGUCCCUUCCAGUGCCUGGCCACUGGGGCGGACGGGACCCAUGGGAGGGUGGUCGUCAUCCCCACAGAAGCAGCAGUAGCCACGCUCCCUCUGUUGCCGUCAUUCUUGUGACCCUGGUGGCACUCUAAGUGGAACAUUGUAGCAUCAUCUUUGAAGUCCAUAUAGUUUUAAAACUGUUGAAAAGGAAAAACACCAUCCUCACGAUGGGGCAUUAAUAAGUCAGCAUCUGGGAAUAAGAUCCGUGUGACACCUGAGGCCUCACCAUCAGUUCGCUGUAAGGGUUCUAGAGCUUCUUGUUCGUGUGGAGAGGAAGGAGGUUUUCCUGGGAAUCAGCCACGCAUGGACAGCCCUGGUCAUCUGAUCAGAUCUGACUGGUUGUAAGUACCACCAUUUCCUUGGGUACAGAGUCAAGUGUUUAUGUAAUGAGACUGCACACCUCAUUUUUUCAGUUCCUCUUGUUUAAUAAACAUCUGAAGGAUGAGCUGAGGCUGCCGGUGCCCUGAGCAACUCAUAAUGCAAAUAUGGACAAAGCGUCUUUUUGUUUUUCUACUUUAGCCUGUUCAUGUUAUGGACCAAAUUUCAACAAGGAACUCAAGGAAAAUUUGUACCUGCCAUAUUUAUGCUUUCAUGUAAAAGGGGUUUUUUUUUUGGCGGGGGGGGCUCUUUUUACUUUCAGUGAACUUUUUUCCAAAUCCUUUUUUUUUCUGUCCGGUUUUAAAACAAAUUACGGUUUUGUAUGGAUUUUU